AAAAUUUUUUCAUUGAGUCAGACACAACAAUUUUUGUCUUUCAAAAAUGUCAAGUAAUCACAUAUUUCGAUAUGUUAUUUUCGGUCUAGGCCUUUUUUACACCUAUGCCAGGUUUGAUAAGAGCAAGGCAAGGUGUAAGGACUGCACGGAAUAUAGUAGAGAGCGUUGCCCUAUCGAAGGUGACUCAGGAUAUUACGUGGCAAUAUCAUCUAAAAAGAGUACGAAAGACGCCAGUAAAAGCAAUCCGUUAACAGAUGAUUUGGAUGUGUGCAUUCCUUCCAGCAUAAACGUUGAUGUUUCCGGCGGGACUUUUCAAUAUAUCUGCAUUUGGUCAUCAGAACUUGGUUGUCAACUGAUACUUCCUGAGUCCGACUCGACAACGGACUGUUCGAUUUGCCAAACUGGUAAUUAUUUUGAGGACAUGGGGGGUUGUCCUUGCAAGACCACAGAGUUGGAUACUUCCACAAAAAAAUCGGGAUCGGGGAAUCUCAACGGCAGCUAUCUUUGUUUAAUGAUUACGGCCUUUUUGUGCAGCAGAUCAUUGCGCCAUUUAGCCUACAUGGUCUUGAAAAAUAACUAACAAAACUUGAGCAAAAUAUUUGAAAUUUAAAUGUUUUAACUAAUGUUUAAUUUUUGUAAAA